CUCCACAUCUCUUUUCUAUGGAUGAAUCGUAGUAAUUUCCCUUUACUAUGGCAUUUGAUCAGCAGAAAGUGCUCCUCUUUGGGGUCGCUGCUGCAGUGCGACUUCUUUUGUUUACUGCCUUUCCCUCCCUACCAAACCUCCUCACCGGCCGCGUUGAAAUAUCCACACCAGUGACAAGCUUUAAGAGGCUACAAGAAGGCGUUUUCCUUUAUACCCACAACGUCUCUCCCUACGAUGGCGGUGUCUUCCACCAAGCGCCACUCCUUUUGCCGCUCUUCUCCCUCCUUCCGAAUCCGGCAUUCCAUCCAUUCGCCACGAACCUGUUAUACACGGUUGUGGACUUGCUUGGAGCCAAUGCCUUGAUGCAGAUUGCAGAGUCGUGGCAGUCUGCAGCCCCUCGGUUAUUUAAGUCUUCCCGAAAAGACCUCCGCUGGAGUAGCAUUGCGAUUGGUGCAGGCUUCCUCUUCAAUCCGUUCACAAUUACGACAUGCAUUGCACGUCCAACAUCCGCCUUGACCAACCUCUUCAUUCUGAUUUCUAUGGCCAAGGCAUCUCAAGGCGCAGGGGCCACCUUUGUGCUGGCCCUUUCCUUUGCCUCCUACCUCGCCAUGCAUCCAAUUUUGCUCUUCCCGCCCCUUCUACUUCUAUGCUAUGAUGCUCGAGCGACAAAGACGAAGUCAACACCACCUCUGCUGACAUUUGCCGUGGUUCAUGUGUUGGCUCUGGCGGCUGCACUGGGAGGCUUGCUUUAUCUCUCAGCCCUGCUCAUGGGCUCUUGGGAAUUUUUAGCCGCCACAUACGGCGUCCGGCUCCUUCUCCCCGAUUUGACCCCUAACGUCGGGCUCUGGUGGUAUUUCUUCACUGAGAUGUUCGAUUCCUUCCGCGAGUUCUUCCUGGGUGUCUUUUGGCUUCAUGUCGUAUCUUAUGUGCCAGGCUUAACCAUCCGACUCCGAAAACAGCCGCUGUUUGUUGCCACGACCCUAACCGGCAUUUUUGCCGUAUUUACACCAUAUCCCAGCAUCGCUGACGGGACCUUGUACCUGUCAUUGGUGCCACUAUUUCGGCACCUGUUUCCCUUAAUGCGGUACACUUUCUUGGCAUCAUCGACAAUCCUCUACGCUUCCUUUAUCGGACCGGCCUUUUACUACUUGUGGAUAUAUGCUGGUUCCGGAAACGCGAAUUUCUUCUAUGCGAUCACCCUAGUAUGGAGCUUAGGAUUGUCCGUCAUCGUUGGAGACUCGUUAUACGCAGCGUUGAGGGAUGAGCUCGAUGUGGAAAGGCCUGAGUUACGAGGAAAAGAAGUAAAACGAAUCUAA